AUGGGCAUUGGCCAUGCGGCGUCCAAGUGGAUCACGUCCCGGCCCCUGGCCCUGGGAACCACAGGAAACCGACUUCCAUCACUUUAUAACCACGACCACAACCGCACAAGUCACGUCACGGUCACAGUCACAGUCUCAUCGUCAAUCACCACCAUGCGGCCGGCAGCCCCGUGGCCGCUGCGGGCAAUCUCACGCACCCUCCAUUCCACGGCAUCCAGAGCAGCCAACGUCGCCCCGAUUCUCGGGACCGGACCGCCGCCGCCGCCGCCGCCGCCGACCCCGACCCCAGCCGUCCGCAACAUGAACGAGCGAAUCGAGCGUCGGCGCAAGCAGGCCGAGCUGCUGAAGCAAGCCAAGGUCAUCAGGACCGCAAAGGACGGCAGGUCCACGACCCUGCGGAAACGCUUCUGGAAGGACGUCAGCGUGCAAGAAGUGGACGGCGCUCUCCAGAUCCACCUCGACUCACGGCCGUUGCGGCACCCCCAGACCAAGGACGUCAUCCGACUGCCGGCCUCCAAGCCCAACCUCGCCUUCGCCAUCGCCCUCGAGUGGGACGCCCUGACGUCCUCGCUGCAGGCCACCAAGCAGCACUUGAUCCCGUUGACGUCGCUGGUCUGCCGGGCGCUGGACGUCGAAAGGGACGACGCGUCGAGCGCGCCAGGCGCGGCAAAGACGAUCCGCGGCGAAAUCACCGCCAGCGUCCUGCGGUAUCUCGACACCGACUCGCUGCUGUGCUGGGCGCCGCCCGCGGGAGAGUUUGACCCGCGCAACGACGCGGGCGAGUCCCUCCGGGACGUGCAGAAGCGCACCACCCACGAGAUCGUCUCGUUCAUGACGACGCACGUCUGGCCCGGCAUCAGGCUCGAGCCUGUGCUCGACGGCGACGCCAUCAUGCCCAGGAAGCAGGAGGAAGGCGUGCGGGAGGUCGUCCAGGGCUGGGUGGCUGGCCUGAGCCCCUGGGAAAUCACGGGGCUAGAGCGGGCCGUGCUGGCGGGCAAGAGUCUGGUUGCUGCGGCGCGCUUCAUCACCGAGUGGACCGAGGGUCCCCUCAGGAGGCCCAACGUGGCCGGUCACGCGCACUUUGGCGUGGAAGAAGCCGCCAAGACGGUCAAUCUCGAGGUGGACUGGCAGGUUGCACACUGGGGAGAGGUUGAGGAUACGCACGAUGUGAACAACGAGGAUGUGCGGAGACAGCUGGGCAGCGUUGUGUUGUUGGUUUCGGGCACGGGCAAGCACGCUUAG